AUGGUCUUAUUGCCUCAAAAAUAAGCUCAGCUAGCCUCGACGUCGCUACCGUUAUGCUGUGGUUUACGGCGUUGCUAACAACUGUAGGGUUAUCAGCUAACUUAACUUAAGUUUGGACUGUAUGUAAACAUAAUUCGGUUCGAUAGCAGAAAUCAUCGCGCUUUGGUUGAAUAAUAAAACUGGCAAACAUCCGUCUUAGUCUUGUAUUGCUACUUGGACCGCUAAGGCCAAAAUUGCACGCUGCAAGGAUUUAUUUAACUAAGCUUGUUAACUAAUUGUUUGAGGUUAAAAUGCUGUCUCUCACUAAUGUUACAUGCUUAACUCUUGUUGCUGAUAGCCACGUUAACAGCGUCCCCAAUUACUCAUGUUAAAAGAAGAGCUACUUAACGCUAACAGGUCGGUUAGCAAUGAGAAAGCUGCAUCCACCUCACCACUGCUGGUCUCAGACAUGACGAGAGGAUGACUGAAAAUGGAGAGGACAGCCCCCUCCAUCUGUUCUGUGAGGCUCCUGGUAAAGGAGAUUCAUUUGUCAACGACACCUCCCUAGAAGAUGCCAAAUCCUGCAAGGAACAGAGUUAUGCCCUUAAGCUUACUGCCAGCAAUGCAGAGGGAGAGGUCAGCCCAUACCAACCUCGUCCACCCUCACAACCCAGGCUGUUAAAGUCCAGCAAAUGUGGCUCUGUGGAGGAGACUGUGAGAACCAGAAGGCUGAGAAACAGCCAGGAGAGUCUGAGUGACCCAACUGAGACUGGCUCCUCCACAGACUCACUUAAAGCGGUCCAGACAGUUCCAGCUCCAGGUGGGCUUGGUGCUGCCACCAUCAGGAAUGAUCAGGACUCCAAUGUGAGAUCUGUUUCUGCUAUUACAACAGGAUCCUGUGCCUUCAGGGAAAGAGGGAGCAGUUUGUCUGAGUAUGAAAGGAGGCCCUCCAGCCAGCAGAGCAACCCCACAGACCAGCGGGUGAAGUCCACCAAAGUGCGUCUGUCUCCGGUGCAACCCACAGGUCCACUGCCUGCUCUGGAGAAGAGCUUUGCGUCAGCCACUUUAAGGGCAGCUAAUAGGAUUGACAGGGAUUGUUUGGAUUAUUCUGUGCUGGCCAGAGAGAAGCUCGGGGAGAAACUCCACAGGAACCUGAGCGAUAGCCGGCUUCUGGAGAACAUGGGGUCGGAUAGUACCUCUGUGAACUCCAUGAGGUCCACCUAUAGUGUGCUUAGUCCCAUCAGACCCCAGGAUGUGAGAAACAGAAGCUUUCUGGAGGGCAGCGUACUGGGCAGUGGUGCCCUGCUCGGGGCUGAGGAGCUGGACCGCUACUUCCCUGACAGGAAAGUGGGCAUCUACAUAGUCACGUGGAACAUGCAGGGAGAGCGGGGGCUUCCAGUCAACUUAGAUGAUCUCCUCCUUCCAACAGACUCUGAAUUUGCACAAGACUUUUAUAUUAUCGGAGUCCAGGAGGGCUGUCCUGACAGGAGAGAGUGGGAGACCCGUCUCCAGGAGACUCUGGGGCCUUACUACGUCAUGCUGUAUGCAGCAUCACAUGGUGUCUUGUAUCUCACUGUAUUUGUUCGAAGAGAUCUCAUCUGGUUCUGCUCAGAAGUGGAGCAUGCCACGGUCACAACCAGGAUCAUCUCUCAGAUCAAGACCAAAGGGGCUGUGGGAAUCGCCUUUACUUUCUUUGGCACUUCGUUCCUCUUCAUCACAUCCCAUUUUACCUCUGGAGAUGCCAAAGUUUACGAGAGAAUACUGGAUUACAACAAGAUUGUCGAGGCUCUAGCUCUUCCAAAAGGCCUUCCAGACACCAACCCUUACCGCUCCACACCAUCUGAUGUCACCACAAGAUUCGAUCAGGUCUUCUGGUUUGGAGAUUUUAACUUUCGGUUGAGUAAAGACCGAGUCGAUGUUGAGGCCAUCAUGAGCCGCACGGUCGGCGGCGAUAUGAGCCCUCUGCUGGAGCACGAUCAGCUCUCCAAGGAAAUGAACGAUGGUUCAAUCUUUAAGGGAUUCCAAGAGGCACCGGUACACUUCCUCCCCACCUACAAGUUUGACACCGGCUGUGAUAUCUACGACACUACUUCCAAACAAAGAACACCUUCAUACACAGACCGGAUCUUGUUCAGGAACAGGCAGUCUAAUGACAUACAUAUUGUCAAGUACACCAGCUGCUCCAGCAUCAAGACCUCAGACCAUCGGCCUGUCAUCGGUGUCUUCCAGGUCAAACUCAGGCCAGGCAGAGACAAUAUUCCCCUGGGUGCGGGACAGUUUGACCGAGGCUUGUACUUGGAAGGCAUCAGGAGGAGGAUCACCAGAGAGCUGAAGAGGAGGGAGGCCAUGAAGAACCAAAGUAGUAGCACUAUUUGCGCCAUCUCCUAAACCCUUAAGAAGAAAUGAACUUCCAGAAACUGGAAUGUACAACCAGGAGGGCAGAAAAGGACCAAAACAAAACAUAACUACACAGAGUCCAAAAGCUUGUCUUGGUACCCGAGUAGAGUCCGCCCUCUGUUGGGUGCUGUUGGGAACUGCCUGUCUGUCCCAGUGGGAGGGGCUGGCUGUACCUGAGGGCAGGGACCUUGAGGUCAGACAGACAGAGCAGCAGUUUGGCCUUUAUUUAUUCAGCCCCCUCUACUCAAACAUGAACGAGACAGAAGGGGAGGCAAGGGGGCUGCUAUGGUGGCUUACUCAUCAGUCACAUUCUCCAGUGUGAACUGAUCUAACCUUAAAGGCUCCAUGUAACUGCAUCCAUUUUCUAAUUUUUCUUACUUGUUUAAAAGCAUCAUGAAACCAUGUUGUUUUUCCGAAUGCUACAUCAGUGUUCAAAUGCCUUGUAAGUUUGUCAUGAAAAAGCUUACCAAACAAUUGCAUUUUUGUGGCACAUUUAGGCGCACUAUUUAAUAUAAUUUUGGUGUCUCCUGUUGGUUGAUUUUCACUUUAAUUUUGUUUGGAGUUGAGCUGAGCGAUACGUCAUGACUAAAGAAGGGAGUUUAGGCCAAGUGUAUAAUGUCAAGAGCAUGACAUUGACUUGUUACUUCAGGGAGCUCAAAUGUAUUUUUUUGGAAUUCAGUUCCUGUAAAAUAGAUGGAGCAUUUUAUUUUUGCUAUUAAUGCCUGUCACUACAUUCCCUCUUACUAGGCCAAGUGAUCCUUUGUAACAGACUGAACUCAAUGCCUUACCUCUCAUGUCGCUACUGCGUAACCUCACAUAUACAUUAAACUGUCCAUGUACUGUACACCUUGAGGAAUUUGUAAUCCAAGCAUGAAGAGCAGUCUGCUCCUAAAAAGUGCCUGUGGGUCUUGUUUUCAUUUCUUCAGGACCUCUUGUCUUUAGCUGCAUCUUCACGUCACCUAACGAUGUAAUAAAUGUUUUAAAAUAUA